AGGAACAUGAGAAGCUUAUUGAUGCAUACUCUGCCUUAGAUCAAAAACUGCAGCGCCCACUGUCUGAACAUUCUGCGUUGGAGAUGACCAUUCAGGAGCUGAAGACAAGCUUAAGGAAGCAAGAGCGUGAUUAUACUGUUGCACAGAAGGAGAUCGUUGACCUCCAGAAAGAGGUGGCUGUUCUCUUAAAAGAAUGUCGAGAUGUUCGGUUGCGUUGUAGAUCAGUUUCUCGCUAUCACGAUGAUGAGAUGGUUGGUGGUCCCACUGUACCGUCGCUUUCUUCAUCCGGUUAUGAAGAUAUCAUAUCUGAACGGAUGUUAACAUUUAAGGACAUAAAUGGAUUAGUUGAGCAGAAUGUCCACCUGCGGAGUCUUCUCCGCAACCUUUCUGGCCAGAUUGAGGAGAAAGAAGCAGAGUGGAAGGAUAAGCAUGAGAGACAACUUCAGAUGCUUAAGGAUGAAACCACAUCUAAAGUUCAAGCAGUGUUACAAAGAGCAGAGGAACAGUCCCAAAUGAUUGAGUUACUUCAUAGCUCU